UUUCCCACCCGUAUACCAUGCCUGAUACGUUGUCGCAUCCAAAGCAGCAGCAUCCUCAAGCGACAUGUGAGGAGACUACCCUAUCAUAUCAGAUUAUGGAAUCGAAGUCAGCUCAGCUCAGCUCAGCAUCUUUCUUAUCCCUGUAACGGUCGCACAGUCUCGUAUGUUCCUCCGAGGCCAACAGCUGCCUUGUUAGGAGAACCUUGAUCGAGCCCGACAAUCUCGCCGCCCAUCAUUCUUCUCACUGGCGCUUGGCGACCCGGCCCUGACCGCCACCCUGACUGCCGGUGCUCAUAUCGGCCCAACCUGUACAGUUGUAUCCGAACACGCAUAAUGCUUGUUGGGAGAGAGAACGCCUUGUUUCGUGCAUCGCACGUCGCAGCCUGUCUCAGCCUCUCUCGAUAGUAUACUAAUGUCGUCGACCCUUUAAACUGACUAGCCCUCGUCCCCACAUAAUUCCACCGGUUUAGUUUGUUCAUCGCGGGAGCAACCUUAUGUUAGUCGACGAGAGAGCAGAAUGGUCGCUGAGCAGGUGAAUCCCGACCCGACUGGUUUGCCCGAAGGUGUUUCGAAGCCACUAUUAAGUAUCAACUCUCAAGACCAAAGUGGGUUGAUCGCUAUCCUUACCGCGUUUGCGCUGGGCUUGGUGUUGCUAUCUGUUGCGGCGAGACUCUACGCAAGGCACGAGUUUCGUCUCUUUCGGAUCGACGAUUAUCUUUUCAUCGCUGCUACUAUAUUUGCAGUCAUACAGACUGCGUUGGUCUUUAGGCAACUCCGAGAUGGUUUAGGGAAAUCGGAAGAACAGAUAGACCCCUCUGUUCGUUUAGCAGUGCAAAAGCUUGGAUUCGCCGCCGACCUUCUCUAUCUCUUCACUCUAUUCCUCUCAAAGUGCAGCGUAUCAUUUCUGUUCUUAUACCUCACCCCCGGCCGCGCCCACGUUCGUGCAAUCUGGACCACAAUCACAGCGUCUGUGGUCUGGGUUAUCACGGCAGUGAUUCUGGAAGCCGUCCGCUGCCACCCAAAGCACCCCUGGACAGAUGACACGUCCACUUGCACCAACUUCUUCGCCCGAUGGGUAGUCAUUGCAGUCUUAGAUGCCAUAAUAGAGCUCGCAUUAGUGGGAGUUUCAAUCUACAUCGUCUCGGACUUGCAGAUGGCGCUCAAGAGCAAACUCAUAGUGGUCGGAGCAUUCUCGUGGCGUGUUCCUAAUAUAGCUUUCACAUUCAUUCGCCUCGCCUUUCUCCAAUAUCCUUUCGAACCCUCCACGUCUCACAUCUGGCACUCUCGCGUCGUGACCGUUACCCAGCUGUCAAUCGGCUAUACCAUCACCGCUAGCGUCAUUCCGUACCUGAAGCCAUUCAUGAUGGCAUACGAUCCUCCUACGAAAACGCAGGCGUCUUCCUAUCAACUGUCCUCAAGCGGUACGCGCGUCAAACUCUCCAACCUAGCUUCACAGCACUCGGCAACCCUGGCAACUAUCGACGAUGGGAAAGAUGAUGGCGAGCUUAGGGAAAACCGUUCCCGGAGUGUCAGACAAAACAAACCAAAGGCUGAGAGGAGAAGACGGUCAACACCGAAAUUGGGAAGGCUAAGACCAGGGCAGAACGGAUACGAGGUCUCGGCUUCUGCCACAGAGCAAAGGGAACAAGAUCGCCACGAGCACGAGAGCGAUGACAGCGAGCAGAUGAUCAUCAAAAAGGGGGUUGAGUGGAGUGUAACAUACCAGAGUAAUGGAAGGAAGUCGAGGGAGCGAAGAAGUAGCGCAGCUGCUACAGAGGAGAGUAGAGGGGCAACCCCGGGACCGGAUGACAUAACGGCGGUCAAGACUCAUGUAUAG